GCGCAGCGCCCGCCGCCGUCCCCCGCAUGGCCCGGCGGCCCGAGGUGCUGUGCGGCGCCGCUGUGGUGCUGGGCUGCGCCUGCCUGCUGGCGCUGCGGGCCUCGUGCAGCCGUGCAAAAGACGUGACGAUGCCUGCCAAGCUGCCCAUCAGCUUCUUCCCUGCGACGUCAUCAGUCCACGAUCUCUUUCUUGGGCAGCUGGACCUAGCGGAGGACAUCCGUCAAAGUUCAGAGAUCUCGCUGGUUUUUUUCUACGCUCCCUGGUGCGGCCAGUCAGCCGCUGUGCGGGAAGAGAUCGAGCAAGUAGCAAAGAGCCUGGCGGACCAGAUUACCUGGGAACCAUUCGCUUUGGGGUGAUCACUGAUCGGCUGCUUGCCAAGGAAGUCGCGCUGACUGACCCGGGCACCAUCUACUUGCACAGACACAUCAACGCGUCCCUUCUCUAUCCCCACAAAACCCUGAACUUCACUGCUGAAAACGUUUGGAAGUGGGCCCUGGAGAACCGUGAGACCUUCCUCCGCUGGCUGAGACCCCACGGGGGGAAGAGCCUUCUGCUGUACAACGAGCUGAAGAAGGGGCCGGCCCUUUUCCUCUUCCUGCCCUUCGAUCCGCUGGCCGAGAGCCACCCCCUCCUGGAUGAGAUUUCCCAACUGGCGCUAGAGUACAAGACCUGCAACCGGAGCCAGCAAGAGGACGUGGAGCCCCAGUCCCUGCAAGGAGGGGGCCCCCCGGGGCCUGCCGGUCUCCGCCUCCCCACAGCUGAGAGCUCCUCCAGCCGCUCCUGCUGCAACACGGUGUUGCUGCCCGCCCAGUGGCACGGCCUCUCCCGGACCCACAACGUCUGCGAGCUGUGCAUCAACCGGACGGGCGGGGUGCAGCCCAGCCCCCUGGUGCGCCUGCGCUGCAGCUUCGUGGCCAUCAAGGCAGCCGUGGACUCCUUCUGCCUCAAGGAACAGACCUUCUUCCACGCCGUGUCCAAGACGGUGUCCUGGUGCGGCCACUUCCUCAGCUUCUACAGCCCUUUCGGCUCCUACAGCGCCUGCUGCAGGACGAUGAGCAGGGACCUGCUGGACUUGGCCGAAGGGGCCUCCCUCGCCCCCCACGGAGAGAGCCAGGCGGAGGGCAUCCCCGAGCCUCUUCCUCACAUUGAGGAGCAGGCCGGCCUCCCUGGCCUCAGCUGCAGGACCAACAAGAGCCUCAACCUCUACCUGCUGGACUCCAACCUCUUCUGGACGUAUGCGGAGAGGUUGGGGGCCGCUGGGUCUCCCCCCGUGAAGGAGUUCGCUGCCAUCGUGGACCUUCAGGAAGAGGUGCAUUACGUCCUGGGCCAGAAACGGGCCCUCUUGAGAGCCAGCCUGGAAGCCUUCAUCCGCAACUACACCGUCCUCUUCAGCCCCUUGCAGAGGCACCUCGUGGGGGACCCCCGGCCCAGCCAGACCCGCCUGCAGCCGCACCUGGUUCAGGAAGUCACCACCGGCACUUUCCACCAGCUGAUUCUGAGGAGCCCAAAGGCUGUCCUGCUGCUGUAUUACGCCCCCUGGUGUGGCUUCUGCGCCUCUCUCAGCCACGUCUUCAUCCAGCUGGCUCGGAUCCUGCCCCCCAAGCGCUUCAUGGUGGCCAGGAUCGACGUCUCUCAGAACGAUCUCCCCUGGGAGUUCAUGACCGACCACCUCCCCAACAUCCUCUUUUUCCCUCAUGACCGGAAGGACCAGAGCUCCAAGUUCCCCGUGACUUCCCUGAUCAGCCUGCCCAACCUCCUGAGGUUCAUCCUGCGGCACUCCAGCCCACCCUUCCUGGCUGAGGGUUGGGGGCCCAGCCUCUGGCAAGAGACCGACCUCCAGCAGGCACGCAUCGCCCACCUGGAGAAGGAAAUCCGGCUGCUGAAGGCCGAGAUCCGGGUCCUCCACCAGGCCCAGGGGCAGCUGCAGGGGCAGCUGUCCGAGACCCGGAGCGAGAGCCAGCGGCUGCAGCGAGAGACCCACGCCCUGAAGCAGCAGCAGAGCCACCAGGAGCAGCUGCAGGGGCUGUGCAGCAAGAGGACCUGGCAGCUGGAGGACAUGGCCGAGAAGCUGCGGAAGCUGGCCGAGGCCUCCGAGACCCUCCUGACCGAGAACGCCUUCCUGAAGGUCCUGCUGGCCAUUGCAGAGAAACACCGGGCGGCAGAGCCGGGCUCGGAAGGCGGCAGCCGGCCCCCCGAGGACCCCACAAGCCUCCCGUCCCCUGGGCAGGACCACUUCCCCCAGGUGGAGGAGGGGGGGGCUGCCCCACUGGACUCCAGGGUCCCCACGGAGCACAGCAAGGAGAACUGGACAGAGUAGCUCUGCGAAGCCUGGAAUGAGGAGGAAGCCGAGUCCGGGGCAAACUUUAUUGGAAGGUCACCAGGUGGCCUCCCUCCCUUUGCUGGGCUGGAGAAACAAGUGUUUUUUUUUAAUGAGCCAUGGACCCACAGCGGCAGCUCUCGGGGUUUGUGAAAUUGUCAAAUUGCAGGGAUUCUUCUUUGCACUUUAAGAUUGCACUAAUUUGAUAGAUUUUGUAUCAGUUUAACCUAAAUUAAACAAUUUGGAGGGUGGCCACCACCAACAAGCCAAGAUGACUCUUAUCUGGGCUUUUCCUUCUUUGGCUCAAAAUCAGGGCUGGAAUUACACAAAAAGUCCAACCUUCAAGAUUUCUCCCUAGAGAACUUCUGGCUGAAGGAGCCUCUGCCCUGCCUGGGGGGAAGGGGGCUUGGAUGAGGGGCUGUCAGUGGGAAGCAGCAUUUACGCAGUUGAGGGCAACAGGAUGGGCUCCCCAAACUGCUAGCCGUGAACAGGGAAGGGGGAGCUCCAGGCAAAGCUGUGCCAGAGGCCCCCCCCUUGACUCAGCAGCCAGCCAGAGGGGCUGAAAUAGGGGGGGGGGUCCUAGGUUUCUCCCCCUUGCAGUGUGUUACUUAGGCCAAAGGAGGGGGGGGUUGUUCUCAAAAGUCUCAGGGUCUCCCUUUGGCCAUAAACGCACAAAUAGAAAAGAUGCUGCGAGGGGGGAGCCCUCUUCUUCCCCUGGGACUUGGCUGGACAUUCCCAGAAGCCCCUUGGAGGGGACGGGUUUAACUACAAAAAUACACUCACUGGGAACUGUACAUCUGAGGAACAAGAGCAACCCCCCCCCCCAAGAACUCUGCCUCCACAGGCAAGGAAGUGGCUAGUUACACAAGGGCCUUUUGCUGCACCCCCCACCCCCCAAAUCCCAGCCUCUGACUGCACCCCAAAAGGGAAGCAGUCGUCACUGGCUGUGAGGGGGGGGGGG